AUGUGCAAAUAUGCUAUGGCAAGAUUUCCAUAUUUCGAUGAAUGGAGUUCAGUUGCUCUUCAUGAGUGCUGUAUGCUUUCAAGAAUUAAAACAUAUGAGCCAAAUGAAACAAUAUUAGCCUGUGGAGCACGAACCAAUUAUGUGUUCUUCGUAUUAAAAGGAUUGUGCCAGAUAAUUCAACAUUUAAAUAUAAUUGUAAAAGAAACAAAGAAAGAUCAUCAAAGAUGUAGAUUACAGACAUUUGGGACAGGAAUUCAACCUGGCGAAAUUGGACAAACACACUUUAUGCAAAUAUGUAUUCUUAGUGAGCUUGCUACUUUUGGUCUUGGUGAAAAUCUGACAGAUCGUAGGAUUAUUGCUUUAACACCUGUUGAGUGUCUUCUUUGCCCCAGAUACUGGAUUAUGCAGAAUAACAAAGCAAAUUUGUGGGUACGUAUAAAACGUUUCGUGGACCGGCGAUUGCCAUCCACACAGCAGGUUUUUCACAGCUUUGUUGAAAAUAGAAGAUGGAGACAUUACAGCAGAGAUUUAGUCAUCGACAGCCUUCGUAAUCAUUAUAUACCAAAUGAUACGAGCAUAUCUGAUGUUCCAUACUCCAUUAGAAUUAGUGAAUACUAUGUUGAUCGCUAAGAAUACCUAUUAACAAAGCAUACCUGUUAAC